AUGAGGUCUGCUCUUCAUAGUGCUUUUCUCUCGGGGCCAAUUGUCAAUGUCCGCUUCUUGGUGUAUUCCAAGAAGACAGCCCGGUUUGUUGUAUGGUCGUGUCCGUGUCCACGGCUGCCUGCGGCCCAGCCCGCCGCGAGGGCUGUGAGACUCGCCCGGCGUUGGCCGCACGUUUUGGCUGGCUGGUUUCUGAAGUCUGCCUUGCUUGCAGGUUCCGUGAAGGCGGAGGACCUGGAGGCGCCUGGAGGACGCGACUGCGGAGCGGACGAGGACGCCGGCCCUGGGGACCAAGGUGAUUGCCCCGGCCUAGAGGAGUCCUCGCAGCUUGACCUCACCAGCACCUUCUCCGUGGCCGAUGCGGGCGACGAUGCAGGGCCAGCAAAGGAGGAGUCCAAGGGGGAGCUUCAGCAGGAGCUUCAGCAGAAGCUUCAUCAGGAGCUACAGCAGGAGCUUCAGCAGGAGUCGUCCAAGCAGGAUCCUCGGCAGAAUCCUCAGCAGGGGCCUCAGCAGGAGCUUCAGCAGGAGCUUCAUCAGGAGCUUCAGCAGAAGCUUCAGCAGGAGCUUCAACUGCAGCUUCAGCAAGCAGCUCAACAGGUGCUUCAGCGGGAGCUUCAGCAAGAACCUCAGCGGGAGCUUCAGCAAGAACCUCAGCAGGAGCUUCAACAGGAGCCUCAGCAGGAACUUCAGCAGAGGCCACAGCACGAGCUGCACCAGCAGGAGCUCCACCAGGAAUCUCAGCAAGCCUUACGACCUCGGCGAGCCGUGAAGGCGGGGCCCGCUUUCAAGUGCGGGGAGUGUGGCAAGCGCUUCCAAGCCAAGGCUAACCUGCGCAGUCACCUGGUGGGGCACUGCAACAAGUCAAAGCGUCACGCCUGCAAAGUGUGCCAGAAGACAUUUUCUUCAGCUGCUCUUCUGGAGAAACACAAAGGGACACACACUGGGGAUGAGCUUCUGGAGUGCGACGUUUGUGGCAACAAGUUCGCUCGCAUGGAAAGUCUCCACGAGCAUGCGAGCCUCCACACCGGGCGCCAGCCCUUCGAGUGCCACUUGUGUGGGAAACUCUUUUAUUGGAUGCCAAGUUUAAAUCGGCACAAACUCAUCCAUACUGGGGGUCGGAGCCUGACGAGAAUGAAGCGUGUCCAAAAACGGUCUGUCAAGUGACUUUUCCUGUCACUGUUUCGUUAAUUCCGAGUUUUAGUAUUUUUCAGGCAAACUGUGAUUGUUAAUUUUUGUUUUUAUUUUUUUGUGGGGGGGGGGCGUCUGUGUUUAGUGCUUUAAUCUAAAAAUCUUAGUGUUUUUUGGAGGGAAACAUUGGACACAUCUUUGUUAACAUGGGGUAUUACAUAGUACGGGGGAAUGUAGUGACCAAUACCUUGCCCCAUUUUCAGUUGCGUAAAAGAAAGCUCUUAAUUGCAUGAUCACUUUUCGAUACAUAAUGCAAACAAUUAUUGACAAGAGGAUAAGUCGUGAUAGAAACACAUAAGAUUUUCAAUAGAAUUGCUCUAGUAUUAAUUUGACUAACGUGUGUGAAGGUCACCUCAUAAUUAACGGUUUAAACAAUUCUCAUUUGUUAAAUUUUAUGCUGUGACUUGGUCCACUUUAAUUUAGUUUUGGCACCAGCAGUUAAGAAGCCAUUAAAAUUCGAAGACACUCAAAUCAAAGUCCAAUCAACAACAAGCGGUCUUUUUCCUUUUAUUUUUGUAAUGUUUCAUUUAGUUGCUUGUAAUUAACUAUUUGUUGUCGAAUGUCGAAUAGUCUAAUGUCAACAAUUACACAGUAAUUCGUCUUUUUAAACUGUAAGUGCAAGGGCAAUAAACAUCCCAUCCAAGA